AUGACAUCAGGGUUCAAACAAUGGAAAAGUGCCCAUGAAGUGCUAUCUAGGCAUGAAAAUUCAAAACAACAUAUUGAUUCAUUGGCAGCGCUGUGUUCACGAAAAUCUACUGGUCAGAUUGACAGGAAACUUGUAACGCAAUAUGAAAGUGAAAUUCAGUACUGGAGACAAGUACUUCACAGAAUCGUGAGUGUGGUACAGUUUCUUUGUAUUCGUGGUCUUCCGUUCCGGGGCAGAACUGAAGAGGUUGGCUCCCCAAACAAUGGGAAUUAUCUCGGGUUGCUGGAGCUGUUAAGUCAGUACGAUACCUUUCUCGCAGAACAUAUGCGGAUACACGCCAACAAAGGACGAGGACAUACAUCCUACAUAUCUUCAACAAUAUGUGAGGAGAUGAUUGAACUUAUGGGCCAAAAGGUUUUGUCUGUAAUUGUAGAUGAAAUAAAGACAGCGAAAUAUUUUUCUAUAUCUGUAGAUUCGACUCCAGAUGUUUCACAUGUUGAUCAACUCACAAUCGUUAUUCGCUAUGUACAAGACACCGGACCUAUUGAGCGCUUCUUAAAAUUUGUACCAAUGUUUUCACACACUGGUUCGGAAAUAGCUAAUUUAAUAUUAACAUUUUUGGAAGAAAAUGGAAUUGACAUUAAAAAUUGUCGCGGUCAAUCAUAUGACAACGCGUCCAACAUGAGCGGCAAGUAUAACGGCGUUCAGGCUAAAAUCCGGGAGAAGUGUGACGUAGCAUUGUAUGUACCGUGCACAGCACAUUCACUCAAUUUAGUUGGGAACUGCGCAGCUGAGUGCUGCCCCACGUCAGUUGGGUUUUUUAAUCUCCUUCAGAGCCUUUACUCUUGGCUUUCUGCAUCUACCCAUCGUUGGCAUAUACACAACAAGCACAUGAAUGGAUUGCCUGUUGCUAAAGCUUUGUCGGAAACCAGAUGGUCCGCUCGACAUGAUGCUGUUAAGGCUUUAAAUAGAGGGUAUAAGGAAAAUAUAUCGGCUUUGGAGGAGUUAGCAGCCGAUGAAAAUCAACCUCUUAAAUGUAGAGCUGAAGCUGAAGGAUAUCUUAAAAGUUUACAAAAACUAGAAACAGUAAUAUUAUUGGAGGUAUGGGAUACAAUUUUAGAGAGAUUGCAAAAAACAAAUGUAUCUCUUCAAGAAAAAGGUUUAUCUCUUAAUACAGCAGUUAAUUUGUUAAAAUCUGUUCUCCUUUUUAUUGAAAGUCAACGUAAUGAAUUCGCUAGCUUCGAAUCAAAAGGAAAAAUUAAAUGUGAAGUCAAAGACUACACAUAUUCCAACAGACGACCACUAAAGAGGAAGCGACAAUUUGACGAAAGCAAAGUUUCAGAAAUGCAACUUUCUCCUAGAGAAAAAUUUAUGACUGAAGUAUUCAUCUGUGUGAUCGACCACCUAACGACAGCUCUACAUCAUCGCUUAGAUUCCUAUAAAACUGUUCAAGAAAUGUUAGAUUUCUUCACUGACUUGACCAACCUUAGCACUGGUGACAUUACAGGAGCAGCUACAAAACUGAUCAACAAAUAUCCCGAUUACUUUGAAGAAUGUUUUUCAUCGGAGUUGAUUCAAUUCGCCGAGCUGUUUAAAUCAAUUCAUGGGGGAAAAGAGCAAAACGUCUACAAUGAUAGCAUUGAAUUAGAAAUGUUGAUGUUUUUAAAUAGAUUCAAGUGCAUUCAGAGCUUUCCAAAUGUGCACAUUGCUCUUCGAAUUUAUCUGUGUAUGAUGACGUCUAACUGCAGUGGAGAGCGCUCAUUUUCCAAAAUGAAAAAGAUUAAAAGCGAUCUUAGAAGCACUAUGGGACAGCAGAGACUUAGUAUGCUCUCACUUAUGAGCAUAGAAAAUGACAUUGUAAGCUCACUAAAUUAUACAGAACUAAUAGAAGAGUUUGCUAUCAGGAAAGCUCGAAAAUGUUCCCUAUAA